UCAGUGAAUACGAGUAGAUGAAUAGGUAUGUACGCGUAUGGAUAGACACACUCGUAUCUGCGGACUCGAUUUCGCAGCCUCAACUCGCAGUGCAGUGCAGUGCAGUGCUGAUUAGUGGACUGGUUUCUAUCUGGUAAUUCGGUUGGUACAGCCGCAGCCGCAGCCGUGUCCCUCCAUCACCGCAGCAAUUAUGCAGAUGCAGAUGCAGAUCGGCGAGUUUAUUUCAUUUUUCACCGUCGUCACGUUAUGUUUGAUUAUUUGCGCACAUUCCGCCGCAACAAAAGGCGUUGGAUCGUGUCCGAUCAAACAAUCGGUGAAGAACUGUCUACCGAAAUGUAUAAGCGAUUACGAAUGUUACGGAAAUAAACGUUGCUGUCCGAAUAUUUGUAAUUCGAAAUCUUGCGCCGAUGUAAAUCCUGGUCAUUGGGGAAACGACGAUCGCCAAUCAGACGAAGUCAUCAUUUGCGGCAAUGUGAGGUGUCAGCCUAGGCAAACGUGCAAAUCUGAAGGUCCGAUGAAACGUCCAAAAUGUUCGUGGUAGACGUAGACGUAGACGUAGACGAUCAACCGGCACGGCCAGACGAAUUUGUAUCGUUAAUCAACCAGAGGUCUCAAUUUGCUCACACACGAAGAGUAGGCUAUUUUCGAUUAUGCUCGAGAGUUUUAUUAAUUCGUGCCACGGCUUUACACGUACAUAUCACUGAUUCGCACUCACAUAGGUUUAUUGUAAUACUCGUAACUCUACCAUUAAAUAGGUGCCUAUUAUAGCCUACCGACUCGUAGCUAUUAAGUAAUAAAAAUAUUAUUUCUGUU